UCGAAUUUUUCUGUUAAGUUGUAUAUUUGUGUUAAAGGAACUGUUAUCUGUUUGAACUUUCAAUUAAUCUGGUAUUUUCAAUUCCCGUUUGUUCAGAAAGAUGAUGAAGAAACCUGUACAUAGAGAUGCAGAGGAGCGUAGGAGAUCACUUUACGUUCGUUUGCCACGCACUAUUCGAAAUGAACAAGAAAUCAGGGAAUUAUUUGUUGGUGACUAUAAGGUCAGGCUGAAGCGACAUUCCGCCAGAGAUUGUUACAUUGUAUUCCCGACAUUUGAGGACAAAAUCAAAAACAUGAAGCUAGUGAAAAGUAAAACCGUUGACGGGAAGCCUAUCAUUGUGACGACGCCAAAGGCAAAACAUGCCGAAUUAAUAAACAUACCGAAGAAAAAAAUUGUCAUUCCUAAACCUGAGCCAGAAGUAAAACGAUCGAAAGUGUUGUUUCUAACAAAUAUAAAGUUGGGGACUAAACGGCAGGAAAUUAUGGGAGCAUUCCCUGGGAGUACGUCAGUUUCUAUGCUAAGCGCAAGCGGCAGAAACACAAGAGCCGCAUUCAUCAAAAUGGAAGAUCCCAUAGUGGCGAUGGAAUAUUUACAGAAACAACGAGAAUGGCCCGUUGUUAGAGGUAACGUAAUUGAAAUACAGGCUGACAAUAGAAAGAGGAAUAAGCGUGGGAAACGAUCGACUAAAUUAAAGAUUUGGGACGGUGACAAAUUAUUGGAUGGACCAAAGUUCUCUGCAGGCAGUACUGACACAAAUAUCUUGCAAAGUGAUGACAUUAACACUAGUUCAGAAAGUAAUGAAAUUAACGCUAGUUCAGAAAGUAACGAAGAAAGCGAGAGCUUCAACACCGAGGAAGAGGACACCAAAGACAAAUCUAAUUUUGAGGAAUAACGAGUUUGAAUAUACAUAGUCUAGAAAAUAUUGUUUUGUACUUAGAAGUUUCUUAUAUAUCAUAAGUUAUUUAUGUUCGUCUAUAUAACAAUAUAAAGUAAUAUUUUGCAUUA